AUGUCUCAACCUCUCUCUGCACCGUCUCGGUUCGAGGCUAGCCCGACUCUCGACACUAUGCCCCUCGAGAUCCUCGAGAUGAUCAUUGCCUUCGCUAUACCUGACAUCGUCACUAUCCACAUUAUCUCGGCGCAUUCGAGUCUAGCUUGGGAGCAGCCAUAUGAGUUCUGGUGGGGGCCUAUCUGGGUUAAGAAUCUUCUCCACGUCUCCAAGCCGAUCGGUCGGGUUGCUUGGAAGAUCCUGUGCAAGCGCGCUGUGCUGAAACUCGAGGGAUUCCGAAUGUUGAGCGGUGCUCCUGUGCGGGCUGCUGGACAGAAGAAGGCCCGAGAAUACUUUGAGAGAUUGAUCACGAGUGAGUACUAG